AGGUUAAUACUCUGGCUCCCCAGGUUGAAUCUGGUAAUAAUAUAAUCGAAAUGGAUAAAGAAGAUAAGGCACCUGGUCCAAGAUCAGGUGAUAACUUGGUCAAAAUGGAUGAAAACGAUGAAGUAUUUGAUCUGAAAAUUCGCCAGUCCUGUAAACAAAAAGUUGAAGCUAUAAGACAUAUAGCAGAUCACCUUGAGCAAGAACUUGCUGCAAAUAAUUUCAACCAUAUUAUCUGUAUAACUAAUAAUAUGGAUAGGCUAUUCACAAUGUUGAAUGAUAUUGAGAUAGCACAAAAUAGAAGAAGGCAUAAUCCAAUAUAG